AUGUGGACCAAGCUAGUCCAAGCUUUUCUUCAACUUCAACUUUCGAUUCAUCGCCAAGCUCUGCUCGCACUCGGUUCAGGGGCCAAGAUUCCGGCGUCUGAUGCAGCAGAUGGAAACGGCCGGACUGCAGAAGAGUUCAUGCCACCCCCAGGAUCGGCUCUCAAGGGAGGAAGCUGGCAGUUAGAGACAUCGAUCAUGUUGUCGACGAGCUGA